AUGCCAAUGCUGCCUCCAAAGGUCCUAAGCAAUCCCCAGAAGAGACGUGCCCCUCAACCCCCCAAGAUCGAAAGCUCCGAGUCUUCCCUCGUUAACAUCGACCCCCAGCAAAUAAAAAACGACGCGUCCUCCGCAGCUUCAAAAGCCGAAUCCACCGCCGACGACGCCGCCGACAAAGCCGGUGAGAAGGGCGAAACCCUGAAGCAGAAAGCCGACGAGACCGCUUCAACGACAAAGGAGAAGUCCAGCGAAAUGGCCGAUUCAGCGAAGAAGAACUUCGAAAAGGGCAAGGGCAAGGCGAAGGAUGGUGCAAAUGCGGCCGAGAAGGAGAUUAAAGGGGAGUAUAAUGAGGUCUAUGAGAACAGGGACAAUCCGGUCGUGAUUGGAAACGCGGUUGCCAUUACGGCGGGUGUUAUCGGAUUGGGAUAUGGUGCUUAUACCAAGCAUGUGAAGGGAGAGCUGGAUUGGCAGAUCGCGGGCAUCGCAGCCGCAGCUGUUGGUGUAUUCGCUGUGGGUGAUUAUUACUUGAGCCAGUGA